GGAGCAGCUACCUGGGCAGGUUGAGAUGAAGAGACAUGAAGAGUCUCCAGCUCCGCCUCCUCCACUCCCGUCUCCCGGACAGAAUCUGCUGAGAUUUCCAUCCAAACACGGAUCCCACGCUCCGGCUCCGAGAGGCAACCGCGGCGAUUAAACUAGAGGAAAGCCUCCUCUCUUCUUUCAGCAGGAAGGGAAGGCUGACUGGACCAAACUCGUCAUGAACUGGACAUUCCUCCAGGGCCUCCUCAUGGGAGUGAACAAGUACUCCACGGCGUUCGGCAGAGUGUGGCUCUCCAUUGUUUUCCUCUUCAGGGUCAUGGUGUUCGUGGUGGCGGCGGAGAAGGUGUGGGGAGACGAGCAGAAAGACUUCAAAUGCAACACGGCUCAGCCCGGCUGCCACAACGUCUGCUACGACCACUUCUUCCCCGUGUCCCACGUGCGGCUCUGGGCCCUGCAGCUCAUCUUCGUCACCUGCCCCUCGCUCCUGGUGGUGAUGCACGUCGCCUACAGGGAGGACCGGGAACGUAAACACAAGCUCAAGUACGGCGAGAACUGCCGUAGUCUCUACCUGAACACGGGCAAGAAGCGCGGAGGCCUGUGGUGGACGUACGUCCUCACGCUGGUCUUUAAAGUCGGCGUGGACGCCACCUUCGUCUACCUAGUGUACCACAUCUACGAGGGCUACGACUUCCCCUCGCUCAUUAAGUGCGAACAGAAGCCGUGUCCCAACACGGUGGACUGUUACAUCGCUCGGCCCACCGAGAAGAGGAUCUUCACCAUCUUCAUGGUGGUCACCAGCUUGGCCUGCAUCCUCCUCUCGCUUAUUGAAAUCACCUACCUGAUUGGCAAACGUUGCCGGGAGUGUCUGUUAGGGAUUCACCACGCCUCCAGGAACACGACCAUCAUGACCAACACCAUGUCAAGUGGAAGCACCCUGAUGGAGACGAACGCUUUAAAGUUACCCGGCAAACACACCCCCGAGACGCCCGCACCCUCAUACUACGUCGCCGUGUCCUGAGAUACAGGAAAGCCGCGUUCCCUCGUUGUACAAAACGACAUCCUUUAAGACUUGUUAACAUGAAUUUGUUUCCUCAGGGACUGAACUCCAGAGAUGCUGUAUCAUGAGUUGCAUGUACCAUAGAUGUGUAAAUUAUAAAUUGCUGUGUGGAGCUUCUUUUCUUGGAAGUUUUACAGUCAAGAACAAAUUUGCGUGUGUGUGAUCCAGCCUCGGCUGCAAUGAUAUGAGUCUCCCGUUGGUUUGGCGACAUCUACAAACCCUUGUGGUUUUCAGUGUAAGUUUUUCCCCUGUGCUCACUGCCAACCUCAAAAUGGUUAGUCAGGGCUGUGGAGUCUCCUCCCUGUGUGCAGAUGUUCAUUCCAGACCCUGUAAAUGCUGUUGUUUACCAGAAAGGCUUCAAACGGCUGUGCAUAAUGUUUGUGCCAUGUUUGUGUUACUUUACUGUUACUGUAGCAGCAGAAAGUAGAGGGGAGGAAAUGCAAGUUUUGUAAUGUCUCUGGGUGUGCAUAUUUUUGCAGUGUUGAACUUUGCCCUAAAUGAUGUUAAUAGUUUUUAAUAAAUGCUAUUUUUAUGUUUGAAAA